AGCCGGCUGCGGUACGGGCAGCAGCGGGGGCGGGGGGGGGGGGGGGGGGGCGGGGGCGGCAGCCCCAGCCGGGGGUUUCCCACGCGGGACUGAGACCCUCCUUCGCCAGGGAAAGCCCCAACUGCAGGUUCUUGCCAUCCAUAGCUUCCAUUAUACCCUGGGCAAGGAUGUCAGUGUAAAUAAGGACCAUUUCAAGAGAAGCAAUCAGGAUGGGGGCCCAUUCCACAGUCUGCAUUCUUUGCAUCGUGUGAAACGGAAAUGGCACUAUAACAUCCUUGAAGUUGAAGAAGAAGACAAGAAUUUCCCAAAACUGAUUGGAGGGGUUUCCAAUGAUGUAUCCCAGGGUGUAUCCGUAAAAUAUUCAAUGAAUAAACUCGAUGUGCCUGGAUUAUUUUUUAUCAAAGAGACCUGCGGACAAAUAUACGUGAAUGGUUGCAUAGAUCGAGAGACAACACCCUCUUUUCCAGUCUAUUUCGAAGUUCGUCAUGAAGAGACUGAGAAAAUGCUAGACAAUCCCUUGUUCUUCACCAUUCAGAUUAAAGAUAUAAAUGACAAUGCUCCUGAAUUUCUCCAUAGGGAAUUUAAUAUCAAUAUCAAAGAAAAUCACAACAAAAAUGAACCUGUUUUCAUUAUCACAGCAACUGACAAGGACCAAGAAGGCACUGCAAAUUCUGAAGUGGCAUAUUUUCUGCUUUCACAGACGCCUCAUCUGAACCCUUCUCUCUUCACUAUGGAUUCCUCUAGUGGCUUAAUACACAUUACAGGAUGCUUGGAUUAUGAGGCUGAUAGGACUUUCAAACUUCUGAUCAGGGCUUCAGACCAUGGAUCUCCGUCCUUAUCAUCAACUGCAACAAUCAAUAUUGCUCUAGAAGAUUCUAACAACAAUUUGCCUGUAUUCAUCCAAGAAAAUUAUCAUACGGAUGUCCCAGAGGGUACAACCAAAGAUGAUAUCCUUCGCCUCAAGGUGGAAGAUAAAGAUAGUCCUAAUACACGUGCUUGGAGAGCCAAGUAUACAAUAAAGUCAGGAAAUAAAAGAGGAAACUUUGCCAUUGUGACGGAUCUGAAAACUAAUGAAGGUGUUUUAAGUGUCAUCAAGCCUUUGGUCUAUGAUAGUCCUUCUGUGAGGAUACUUGUCAUUGUUGUGGAGAAUGAAGAGCCCUUCUUUUUAUGUGAGAGAGGCUUGGUGAGCAUCAUUGCUCCUCCACAAUUGUCUGAAGUGUCAGUGAGCAUUAAUGUCACAGAUCAGAACGAUGCCCCUCAGUUCAAUCCUCCAAUUCUUAAUCGCCAAGAAGGGAUAAAGGCCGGAACUAGGCUUGUGCAAUAUGAAGCUCAGGAUUCACACACAGCGCAAGACAAGUUAAGAUACAAAAUAGUGUCUGACCCAGGUGGUUGGGUGAAGAUCAGUGAUACUCGUGGAGUUGUGACCACUGCAAAAAUUCUUGAUAGAGAAUCCCCAUUUGUGAACAACAGAACGUACACAUACACCAUUGUGAUUCAUGCCAUUGAUGAUGGUGUUCCACCAUUAACUGGCACAGGUACCAUCGUACUAUACCUCUCUGACCUUAACGACAAUCCUCCAAUGCUAGUUACGUCAUCCUUGAUGAUCUGUGUGGAGAAAGGAAAUGGUCCUUUCCAUAUAAAAGCUGAGGACAAAGAUUCCUAUCCAUAUGCAGAACCCUUUACGUUCUUAUUGGAAGAGGGUAUCAAAAAUUCCUGGAAACUGGAAAAGAGCUCUGGUAAUUCUGUUGAUCUUUUUAUGCGGAAAAUCCUCCCUCUCGGCAAUUACUCAGUGCCUCUCCGUAUACUAGAUAUGCAAAGUUUUUAUAAGCAACAGAGUCUGCAUGUCAGGGUAUGCUCUUGUCUGAAUAGGAUCAUUUGCGAAAAAGAUCCUGAAGCACAGCUACUUGUUGGGGGACUAAGUGGUGGAAUCGUGGCUAUAUUUCUAUUAUGUAUAUUGGGCCUUGGUUUCCUGUGGUGGUAUUUCCGCAUCCAUGCAAGAGUGGAGAAACACCUUACCUUAAUUCCAUAUGGAGAAGCCAACCAGACUCUGAUUCACUACAAGGAGGAAAGCCAACCUCAGGAUGUACCUGACUUGGGGAACCAUGCAACACCGACAUCACUACCUACAAUAUGGAGAGAAAACCAAAAAACUCGUGAGGAAUUUUUCAAACAGAAUGUCUCGGGGGCGAUGCCAGUGAAGCAUACAGAAAAUCACCAACAUCCUACUGGAAGUGUAACUUCACCCUUUUACACUAUCAACGCUUGGAAGCAGCUGGACAUCUGGAAUCAUCGGUACAAUAAAACACGCAGGAAGAAUUCACAGGAUAACUUUUUGGAAACAGUAGCUGUUCUCUUGAAACGAAAAUGUAAUGACAUCACAAACUUGGAGGACAAUAUGGUUUAUUAUAGGCCUCAUACUUAUGCAGAGGAAGGAAUACUGGAGAAAUCCAAAUCUUUAUUGUCCCUGCUUGUUCCAGAAGAUGACAAAGACAGCCUCCCUGACAAUUUCCUGGAUGCUUUGGAAUCUACAUUUGUCCCUCUUAGGAAAAUCUGCAGCAAAUGAUGAUGGCUCUUGGCCUGUCCUCAGCUUGUUUUCUCGAUUCAUCUGAAGAUGAACUUUUUUAUAUACCAAGAAAUAUGCGCUGAAAAAUAUCCAAAGUGUUCCAGUGUUUCUCAGCACAAAAACACUUCCAGGUUUUAAAAACAUAGAUGGCAAUCUUCUUGUGGAGAAGGGAUAAUAUGCAUUCCGUGAUUUGUUUUACAUUAUGCAGAAGGCUUUCUUGAUGAGAAGUUAAGUAGCUGCUUACUUAGAAAGUGGGAUUCUAUUUGUGCAAAAUUUGCUGGGGCCUGAACUUGGUAGACAGAUAACACAAACAAGGAUUUCUUGGCAGAUUUGCCAUUAAUCAUAAUUUGCAAUGCCAUAUUUUGCAUGCCUGAAUGUUUUGUUUAAUAAUAAAUCCAUUUUCUAAUAUU